UUAAAUUCCAUGAAACGAAACGAACACACUCGAUGAUAUUGUAAAAUUUAAACAAAAAAAACUCUUGUAAACGGUAAGGUAUUCCGUCAAUUGUUUCAAGAGCUGUUCAGACACGACAAAGCAAAGGAAACAUAAAAGGAAACACAGGCAACCGGUGAAAGCGAUUUUUAUAUACAAACAUAAGCAAGCUUCAAAGAGAGAGAGAGCCCUGGCGGCCUUCCUUAACUACGACGACAUCUUCGGACAAAGAACACAAGAGCAGCCGUGAAAUACGCACUUAAUAAACGAAAGAGGCACUGCUCGAGGGCUCAAGCUACACGCCGCAGCGUCAUUUAUGCCCUAGAGAAGCCUCGCAUCGUGCACUUGUCUUGCAAUUCUCGCAUUUGCUGCAUAACUUGCUCUGCCACACCACCAACAAAGACGAAAAUAGAGCAAGGGGUAAGGGAAACUGCAGCAGAGCCAUGACGAUCAAGCCAGUAAGCGCACCCAGCGCGAAACGCGUGGCUGGCAACGUCGUGGAUGCGGACAACAAGGAGGCGCACGCAACCGGACAGGUGGUGGUCGAGCAGUCGGUGGUUAAUCAAACGCACCGCAAUGUCGUCAUCGAUGGCCACGGGCAGAGUCCUCAGCGACGCGGGGAGGUCUACGACGAGUUGGCACGCACUCACCGCUGCAGCCCACACAAGAGCAGCACACGCUCGAAGCGUCGCGACCAUCACGACAGUCAUGCGCAUCAUCACAAGCGCGACCGCUUGGAGCGCGAGAAACUCAUCCAUCCGGCCGUGGUGCCCGGCAGCGUGCCUGGCGUGGCUGGCAGCAAGUGCAGCAGUCCACCCCUGCCUACAUCGUCUGGCAGCAGCAGCCCUUCGGCAGUGGGUCGCACAUCGCCGGAACAUCUGGGCAUGGGCUGUGCCAAUGUGCCAACAACGCUGGGACAAAUACCGCCAACCACUGUGGCUGCUAAUCUAACCAAGAUUGCGGAGGAUACCUUUUCCGGUUACAACAGCGGCGACGAGCAUCUGCAGCCAAAGGAGCGCAAGAUACCAGUCGAGGAGUGGCAGCGACGCGAUGUGGAGUUUGCCAAGUGCAUGGAAGAGAACGGCUACGAACUGAGGCCCGUCGAGGAGGACGGUGCCUGCCUCUUUCGUUCCAUCUCGCUGCAGAUCUUCGGCGAUGAGGGCAUGCACGAUGUCAUACGCCAGCACACCAUGGACUACAUUCACGAGAAUCGUGAGUACUUUGGGCAAUUUGUCACCGAGGACAUCAGCAGCUACAUCCAACGCAAGCGCGCACGCGAUGCUCACGGCAAUCACAUUGAGAUCCAGGCCAUAUCCGAGAUCUAUAGUCGCACCGUCGAGGUCUACUGCUAUCAGGCUACACCAAUAAAUAUCUUCAAUUCGGAGCAAUCGCAGGCUGGUUAUCCUCCGCUUCGCUUAUCGUAUCAGCGUGGCUCUCACUAUAAUGCCAUUUUGGAUCCUUACAACGCCAGCGUUGGCGUGGGCCUGGGCUUGGCUGGCUACAAGCCCCAGGUGCAAACCAAAGAGGCUUUGCGUCUCAGUGAGCAGCUGGAGAUCGAGCAGACAAUGUUUGAGGACAAGCUAAAGACCACAGACUGGGAGGCCACCAAUGAGGCCAUUGAGGAGCAAAUUGCACGCGAGUCCUACCUACAGUGGUGUCGCGACAAUAUGCAACGCUCGCGCAGCAGCAACACAGCCGGCGGUUCGGCCACAUCCUCGACAGUUACCUCGGCUGAGGCACUCACCGACUCGGACGCCUCGCCCUCCAAGUACUCGUGCGGCGGCAGCAGCGGCAGCGGUGGCAUUGCGGCUGCAACUUUGGCCAGCGUCAGCGGUGCUGCUGGCACAUCCUCAAUGUUUUCGAUGUCACCCAAAACGCUUACACAAUUCGGACACAAGCUGCCGCCAGAUGUCGGCGAUUUGGGCGGCUACGAGAGCGAUGCUACAGACAUGAGCAGCACCAGCUCGGUGGGGCACUGCGGCGGCAAUGCCUCGCCCAGCACCGCAGCCGCACAGCGCUCGAGCAAAGCCUCCAAGUCACAGCGCCGCACAACGUUGCGCAAGAAGCGCCGCCACGAAACUCGCGAGGGAACGAUGUCGGCCAAAAGUGGCGAGGCUAUUGAGGCUCCGCUACGCAAAAGUCCCAAGCGUGAUGCUGUCCCAUCUGCAGCACGUGCCAUCACCCCAGAGGCUGAACAGCAGCCGUGCACAUCGAAGCAGUCCUCGCACUCGCCGCAAAAGCGCGGUGAUGCUCCAACGUCGAAUAUCUAUCAGGAACUGCUCGAGGCUUCGCUUGCCAAUGAUGGGCGUAACGAGAGCGAAAUGCUACAGCGGGCCAUACAAAUGUCGACAAGUGACUACAUGGAGGACCAGAAGCGAAAGUAUCUCUGUGGGCCAUAAAUGGAGCCACGUUCGUUCUUUGUACAGUGAUUUAACAGUUCUUUUCGCAACGAAAACGAACACACAAGAAAAAACCUACCAAAAAACCAAAACACGCAGUAAAAAAAUAUCUACAAUUCUGAUUCGACGAUCGAUCGACACAUAAAUUAAACGUUGAGGAUAGCGCGGGCAACACAUACACUAUACUAAUAUAUGUAUGUAUAUAUUAGACAUAUAUUUGGUAAUCAUUCAUCAACGAAUCUGCAGUUGAAUCUGUACAGAUGCACAAAUUAAGCUUCGAGCCCGAACCCCUACCCUGUCUCCCGUUUUUCUAACACGAACGAGUGUGCGUCUCAAUCCUGCCCCUCUCCUUUCCCACAUAUAAUUAAUGCCUAACUUGUAAUUCAUACAUAAAUCUAUUAUACAUUUAAAAGCUAAGUUUAGUUUCGUGUAUCGAACAUAAACCUUAAAGCAUGCAAAACAUACGAAAAAAA